UUCCAAAUAAGGUAUUUGGUUGUAUAUGCAAAAGCAUAAUAAUAAAAAUAUUGAGCAGCUUGAUCUCUCUGAAUAUAUAAUCCAUCUGAACAGUAGAGGAAGAGGAAGGAAACUGUUACCUAAACCACUGAAAGUUUGUGUCCUAACCACAGUGAAACCGAACAAAUUCUGACUGCAGAUCACAUUCGUCUUUGUCAGACACCGUCCGCAACAAAAGCUGUUGCUUAGCUUUAAUGUCUUCUGGAUGGCUGAUUUUGCUUAGAUUUUUUCACAGUUUUAUAUGAUUUUGAGCUGUAACAAGAGCGAAAGGCCAAAUUUGUCUGAACAAGUUCAGUGGAGUGGACGUCACCGUCAGCUACACUUCAGCCGCAGCAGAGAGAGGACAGGACCACCAUGGGAUGUAAAGUAGUACAAACUGGAUUUCUUGUCUGUCUUCUCUCCUCAUCAGUGGUGCAGGGUGACACUGACUAUAGAGUGACUUACUCUUCUACUCAGAUCUGUGCCUUACAAGGAUCAGCGGUGGACAUACGCUGCACCUACACAUACCCAUCCAGAAUAAAGGAGAAAGUCACUGUGGUUGAGGAAGCUGUGUGGUUUACUAAGAUGAACCGUGAUGAGCCUAUAGAUCUGAUGACAGAUUCACAGUUUGCAGGUCGUGUACAGUACCGUUGUGAUAAAAACAGCUGCACUCUGAAAAUCACAGACCUGAGAAACAGCGACUCAGCUGAGUACAAGUUCAUGUUCAGAACAAACCAACCAGGAUGGAUAAUGAUUGGUUCACCUGGAGUCACUCUGUCUGUCACAGCUCUCCAGGUGAAGGUGACAGACACAUCAUUCUGGUAUCCUUCCUGGGCAGAGGUGACGUGUAGCAGCAGCUGUCAUCUAUCUGAUCAUGGUUUCUACGUCUGGUACAUGAAUGGAGAGACCCUUCACACAAAAACACCUUCUACUGACAAAUACUUUGAAAAGUCAGACAGCAUUGCCUGUGCUGUUAAAAGAUAUGAGAACUUUCCGUCUCCUUCAUUGUGUGUUCGUGAAUCACCCUGUAGUAGCGUGGUUUACACCCACAGAAGCAUCUGCGUCCCCAAAGGAUCAUCAGUGGACAUUUCAUGCACAUACAGUCAUAAAACAUUGGUUUUGACAAACUUCUGGUUCAGUCCUGAACGUAGUCGUCAGUUGUAUCAUUCACAGCCUGAGGACCUCAGAGAAGACUGUCACUAUGCAGGUCGUGUUCAGGUCUUUGACAAGAGAGGACGCUCCACUCUGAGGAUCAGAGACCUGAGAGUCACUGAUUCAGCCCAAUAUCAAUUUAAAUUUACAGCACGACGGUUUGAAUGGAAGAGCAAUUUACCUGGAACAACUCUGACUGUCACAGCUCUGCAGGUGCAGGUGACCAGAAUAAUAUCAGUCCAUCAGUCUCAUACGGAGGCAGAGCUGAAGUGUCACAGCAGCUGCAGCCCAGCUGCUCAUCUUUCCUACAUCUGGUUCAAGAACGGACAGGAAAUCUCAAAACAGAAAAGUUCUACUUACACAGAUUCCUUUUAUCCUGGAGACAAGAUCUCCUGUGCUUUCAAAGGACAUGAGGAUCACCGCUCUCCUUCAGUGUACCCUUCAAAGCUUCCCUCUAUGUCAGUGAGUCCAUCUGGUGAGAUAGUGGAAGGAAGUUCAGUGACUCUGACCUGCAGCAGUGAUGCUAACCCAGAAGCUGAAAACACUUUGUACAAGGGGAACCAAAGUCUGCCUCUGGGAUCAGGAGGAACUUAUCAUUUCACCUCCAUCAGCUCUGAGGACAGAGGAUUCUACGACUGCAAGUCUGAUGAUCAGUCUGUGUCUUUAUUCAUGGAUGUCCUGUAUGCUCCAAAGCUUCUCUCUGUGUCAGUGAAUCCAUCUGGUGAGAUAGUGGAGGGAAGUUCAGUGAAUCUGACCUGCAGCAGUGAUGCUAACCCAGCAGCUACUUACACCUGGUACAAGGAGGAUGAAGACUCACCACUUUAUUCAGGACAGAUCUUCACCAUUACUGACUUUAGAGCUGAACACAGUGGGAAUUAUUACUGUGAAGCUCAGAACACAAGAGGACGUCAUAACUCCACCUUAUAUCUGAAUGUUGCAUCAAAUUCAUGGAAGUUCCCAGUUGCUCUAUCGAUUACUGCUGUUUGUUUGGCCUUCAUUCUUCUCUUUCUCCUGCUAUGGAUUAGAAGAGACAGGUCUCUGAAACAACAACCUCAGGCUGGAGAGGGACCAGACAGUAAAACAGAGAUGGAUGAAAUCCAGUAUGCCAGUGUGCAAUUCGCUACAAGACAGCUUGAUGCUGUCUACUCCAACUUCAGCCCAGGUCAGACGGACAGACACCAGGAGGAGUCUGUCGUGUACUCAACGACCAAACCCAACAGCACUACAGGAACAAGAAGACAAGCAGCUGUGGAGGAUCAAUCUGCACUGUAUAGCAAAGUUGUGAGAAAAUAACAUGGAUCUGUGGCCAUCUUCAGUAAGUCGCUUCAGACAGAUGUGGUCAGUAUGUAGCAUGAAGGCAGCAGCAUUUCAUACAAAAUGCAUUUAUAUUAUUGAAGGUCAACUAAGCAUUAGACCUCAGAGUAACAAGGAGGCAUUUUCUUCAUUUGUUUCCAGUGGAAGGAAACAAAGUGUAGGGUGUGCUUGUGUUGUACAGAUUGUAAAGCCCCGUGAUUCAAAUUUGAAACUCUGUUUGGGUUCAUAAAAUUGGCCUGACUUGACCAGUCUUUAACGGGAUUCAGCACACUUCUCCAAAAUGCCCGGAGAGUUAAGCUAGUAUCUCCUCACAGUGCUGGUGCUGUUAAAUUGUUUAAAUGAUUGUCACUCACUCAGUGGAAGUCAGAAAGCUAUGUUCAGUAUUCAUAUUUAUAAUUUUACUGCUUCGCCACCACAGCUAUUUAUUAACUGCCUGCAUUGGUGUGUUUAUUUAUUCACUUUAAAAGUUGUGUGUUCAUCAUGUUGGCUUUGCUUUGUUUCACAUGCAAAAUCAAUUAAAAAAAAUUUCUUUCUCUCACCCA